AGCCCAAUCUGACCCAUGACCCGGAAAUUGUGCUGCUAUUUCUUGACACGUAGUUAGCGGCGUUGGCGGAGUCUCGGGCGAUUAACGGCUGCUUGCAAUGUCAGGGUUUGACAACUUAAACACAGACUUUUACCAGUCUAGUUACAGUGUAGAUGAUCAGAACCAAGGAGGAUAUGGCUACAGCAACACAGAUGACCCAUACAGCAAACAAUACGAACAGUAUGACUACUCACAGCCGAUGGGCUACUCGGCGCCUCCGGGAAUGAUGCAGCCCCAGCAGCCUUACAUGGGGCAGAUCUACCAGCCCACGCCAGCCUUUACGCCAGCCUCCCCACAGUCCAUGUACGCUAGCAGCUUUGAGGAUGAGCCCCCGUUGCUGGAGGAGCUGGGUAUCAACUUUGACCACAUCUGGCAGAAGACUCUGACUGUGCUGCACCCGCUGAAGGCAGCAGAUGGCAGUAUAAUGAAUGAAACAGACCUGGCUGGUCCCAUGGUGUUCUGUUUGGCCUUUGCGGCGACGCUACUCUUGACGGGUAAGAUCCAGUUCGGUUACGUGUAUGGUAUCAGUGCCAUCGGGUGCCUCGGCAUGUACUGCCUGCUCAACCUCAUGAGCAUGACGGGGGUGUCAUUCGGCUGUGUGGCUAGUGUUCUCGGUUACUGCCUGCUACCCAUGAUCAUCCUGUCCAGUUUCGGGGUCCUCCUUUCCUUACAGGGCAUGUUGGGUAUGAUUUUAACUGCUACCAUCAUUGGUUGGUGCAGUUUUUCAGCCUCUAAGAUCUUCAUCUCUGCUUUGGCCAUGGAUGGGCAGCAGCUGCUGGUGGCGUAUCCCUGCGCCCUGCUGUACGGAGUCUUUGCCCUCAUCUCUGUUUUUUGAACUCUCAACCUCUUUUAAUGGACAAAAUGACCACCAGUACGCAACCUUUUAUUUGAGGACUGCUUUUGUAACACCCCCUCUCACUGAGUGUUUCCAGUGUUCAUCAUGUUCUGAGAGAAUGUGGAUUUAAUUUCUCCUGCAGUUUUUUUUUUUUUUUUUACCUGCCCACCUACUCUGAGAAAUAUUCUUGCUUACAUAAUGCAGGUUAAAAUUUGAUUCUUGUUCUUUAAUGUGGACCACAUUCUAUUGUUCUUUCCAAAAUAGUUUUCUUUAACAGAGCCAGUAAGUGGGUUUAUUGAAGAGAAGAAUGUGUAAUCAGUGCAGAGGGCACACCUCUCUUCCUACACAACAUCUUUUUAAUGCUUUUGUGUUUCAGGCAAGCAUCUCACUCCAGAAUAUUCUUUGCAAACUACAGUAGUAAUUCUUCUUUCUUGAAACUGUUUUUCAUUACAUUCCUGAUUUGCUGUUGAUUUGUUCGGUCUGUGUUCGUUCAUACACUUGGGUCAGUAAGAGUGCCUACAUGUUCACACAUUUUCACACUAUAUUCUAUCAUGCACUAGGCAAAUUAAACAAAACAAAACAAAAAUCACCCUUUGUGCAUCUUUUGCAAGCCUAUUUAAAGCUAUAUUGCAGCCAAAAU